AUGAGUCUAUUGACAUUUUUUGGCUGUUUGUUUCUAGCUUAUGGGCCUAUUCUUUCCAUCUUUUUUUUAUAUAUUGCACCUAAUGCACAAUAUGUCUUGUUAAUGGUGUCAAGUGCUUUCUUUUGCUUGAUUUCAUUGCUUUUGUCAAGUGUGAUUUGGUACCUGGCUAAAUCAACACAACAACUCCAUUUUGUCAGCAUUGGAUAUAGUGUAGCUAUUCAAGAGUUGUUUCGUUGGAGCUUUUAUUUACUAUUGUCGCGUGCUGAACAUGGCCUCAACACAGUCUCUGCUCAUCCUAAAUCUCCUUUUAAUCGACAUGCCUUUAGUUUUGUCUCUGGUUAUGGUUAUGCACUGAUGAGUGCAUUAGUAGGCUAUAUAUCAUUGUUAGUAGAAUCCAUUGGUCCUGGUGUGAUGAUGUGUCCUUCUUGUCCUGGAGCAACAUUGUAUUUUAUCUCUGCUAUUACUACCAGCUUGUUUUCAUUGAUGCAUAUGGCAUGGAUGAUGGUGUCAUUUGAUGGGUUUUCUGAACUACCAAAGAUUCGAGGUUGGCUUAAAGUUAUUUGGGUCAUUUUAUCUCAUUACGGUGCUUCUUUUGCAACUACACUGAAUUCUUCUACUACAGUGAAUUAUGGUUGUGUUUAUUCUAUUGUGAUUUGUUUGUUUAUUAUUGCGGUGUCUGCUUGGAUUGUCUUUACUUCUCUUCAAUCCCGAGUUCGGUUUGUAGUUUGA